AUGAACUCAUGAUGAAGCUGACUCUGUGUGCUGCUCUCGUCUGGAUGAUCUUCAGCUCUGCUGAAGCUCUUCAGUGUGUGGACUACAUACUAGAAAACUCCACUGUAUCAUCACCAUGCCGCUCUCCUGCUGAACAGUGUGCAACAGUUGCCAUUAGCAUUUUAGCUGGGGGUGACAGAUUUAAUCAGACCGUAAGGAUGUGUGUGCCGCCAUCAUUCUGCGCUGCACAGGAUCAGAUAUUUUCAGCCACUUAUGAUGUAUUCACACGGGCUGCAUCUAUUCGUUGCUGCAACACAGACAACUGCAACAAUGACACUUUAACCUUUCCUGAUAUUGAGCCAAAUGGCCUGAGCUGUUUCACCUGCUAUCAAAAUUUCUGCAAUACGCUGAAGUGUGUUGGCACACAGGACCGCUGCUUCCAUGGAACUGCCCAGCCUCCAGAUAAGCCACUCCAGGCCUGAGUUCAGACAACUAAAGGUACCUUCCAAUACCACGGCUGUGUGUCUGCAAACCUGUGUGAACAUCGAUAUGAACGGCCAGACAGUAGUAGUACGUUGGCACUUUUUCCUUUCGGUAUCGAUGCAUUAAACUGUUGGAACGCCACCCUGCGUGAUUCAGCUCUGACCACCAGACUGAGUUUGUCUCUGUUCCUGCUCGCUCUCUUUACACUUUUCAUCAGUUAAACCCAAAAAAAACGCACUUCCUGGAUGUGGAUGCUGAACUUUAAGGUUCAUGUUAUUGUCCAUCACAGUUCUAUGAGACCAAUGCAAUGUUUUUGUUUGUUUUAGAAAAAUAGCUGAAGGCUUUAAUGUGCAUUUGCCUGUAAAAGUCAGCUGUCCUCAAUCUUUUUCCUUUAUUGAAUGUUUGCUAUUUGAAUGUUUAUUUUUAACUGCACUUUUGAAAUUAGCGCUGAAAAUAAAGGCUUUAUGGUUAUUUUA